AUGGCUGUAGGGUGGAGACCGGCCCCGACAGGGUGGAUCACAGUGAACUCGGAUGGCUCGCUCCUGCGACCGUCCGAGUCUACCGCGGCAGGAGGAGCGCUUAGAGACUGGCAGGGUCGCUUGUUGGGGGCCUAUACAAUGAACCUGGGGAGAUGUUCCAUUACCAGAGCCGAAAUUUGGGGAGCACUGAAGGGACUGGAGCUAGCUUGGGAGGCGGGGCAUCGCCAGGUGGAGCUGCAGCUUGACUCCAAGACAGCAGUAGCCAUGCUACUCGACACUGGCCAGCACUGCCACCAGCACGCGAAUCUCACCAUCCGCUUCCAGGAGCUGCUUCGUCGUGACUGGGAAGUUCGAGUUAUUCAUGUUUAUAGAGAGGCCAAUUUUUUGGCUGAUUGUCUAGCCCAUAAGGGUCACUCGGUCUCACCGGGUACCCACAUGAUUGAUAUUUCGGACCCGGAUGUUUGUCGGUGGACUCGUUUUGACAUUGUUGGUGGUUUCACCAUUCGAUCGGUUUUUGAAUAA